AUGGAUUCCAAAAUGGUCCUUGACCUCCUGGUGUCACUGGACGACGACACCCUCCAUUUCAUCAUCGGCGAGCUGUUGCAGAACAAGCCUGAGUUAGCACCUGGUCUUGUGACCUUUGCCUGCCCCGAGCUGACCUAUGCACCAGCCAAAGCUGUGACGCAAAGGAGGUGUAAUGGCGUCGUUCUGACUGUCGGAAAGGGCAUAAAGGAUAUGAGUUUCAUUCGUUGCCCUGAACUUCGGACAGUUUUUGAAUGUGAUGUAUGCGUGGCACCGGAGCACAUACGCGGAUUUAAAGAGGGUCAGAAGGUCAGCUUUGCAGUGACACUAAAUGAGCAGUCCGAGCCACAAGCACUCGACUUGCAAACGGACCCGCCAACUGCUCCAAAUUUCAUGUCCAGAUCAAUGGGAGCACCAGCGUCCCCCUCCUUUCCUUCCUUCCCUUCCUUUCCUGCCGGUGCCGCGAAUCCUGCGGCCGCUAGCUCGGCAACGCCAGCAGCCGGUGCAGGUGUGGUGGUGCCACGGAGAGUUUACAGCACGAAAGGCGGCACAGUAAGGAUGGAGGAAUAUUCGGGUCCGGCCAAAGAUGUCGGAGCAGAGGCGGCCAAGGCCAUGGAAACCGAAGAGCUCGGAGAGUAUUUCGGCUUCGUCAAAGCCUAUGACGGGCAGAAGGGCUUUGGCUUCAUUAUGUGCAAGCCUUUGAAGGAUUAUUACUACAGCGAUGUAUACGUGCAUGGGAAUGGUUGCGAAGGCUUUCCGGUGGGUUCAGAGGUGAAGUUUCAGGCGUACCUGUACCGGGGCAAGCUCCAGGGAAAGGACGUCCAAGACGCCACUGGACAGGUGGGGUCAGCCGGAGGUUUACCUGAAGAGCUGGGCAUCUUCAUCGGGGAGUUCAAGACUUUCAACUUUGAGCGGGGCUUUGGCUUCAUCAGCUGCGACCAGCUGAGGGUGCAAGGAUACCCAGGCGAUGUUUUUGUACACCACUCUCAGAGAGCUGAAUUCCAGCCGGGUGACACCGUCGCGUUCACGGCAGUGUCCAUGGAGGAUGGCAGGCUCUUAGCCAAAGAUCUCCAGGAUCCCCAGACGGCCCUGGAGGGAGACGUCGAGAAGGGCAUGACAGUCCUUGACCACAUGCAGGUCAUGCAGAACUUGCCAGGGCCCAAAAACAAGAAAGUGAGUCUCUACUAG